CCCGCUGUCGGGUCGAAAGCGAAAACAAAUUCUGGGCUGCGAGGGUGCUGUCCUCCGCUGAGCGCCCCCACCCGCUCCCCGCCCCUCCGGCGCCCUUCUGCGAGGUGGGGAGACGAAAGGCCGCGUCUUUCUCUUUUGGCUUUCUUGGCUUCCAGUGUAGGGAGCGCGGGGGACGCAGGCGUCGUUUCACCUGAGCCGGCCCCGCGUGUGGGGGGCGGGGGCUUUCUCGCCUCACCCCAGUCGGGACGAGGAAACUUGUAGGGAAGACGACCCCCGGCUCAGGUGCUGAGCGGGGCAGCAAGGCCGCCGGGAAGUGAGUUCUCACUCUCGGGUUUUCUUUAAUUUCCAAUCGGUUCCCUUGGGCGCGCGGUCCCUCGGGAGGAGGCCGCGUGCGCACAGCCAUGCAUUAGGCAGUGCUCCCCCAUGCGCGCGGAGAGCGCGGACCGCUGCCUCAGGCUGCCGUCACCGCCUGCCGCCCGCGGAGCCCGAGCCAGAGCCGCCGCUCGUUCUAGGCCGAGGCGUUGAGGAGCCGGCGCCGCGGCCAUGUGGGGUUAGCCCGCGCCGCGCCUGGCCUGCAGCAAGACCGGCAACAUGGAGGCAGCCGUCGGCUCCCUCGACGGCGGGGACCAGGGCGUCUCAGAGCUCCGCGAGGACGCGACGCCCAUGGACGCUUAUCUGCGGAAACUGGGCUUGUAUCGGAAACUGGUCGCCAAGGACGGGUCGUGCCUGUUCCGGGCAGUGGCAGAGCAGGUAUUGCACUCUCAGUCUCGCCAUGUUGAAGUCAGAAUGGCCUGUAUUCACUAUCUUCGGGAGAACAGAGAGAAAUUUGAAGCGUUUGUAGAAGGGUCAUUUGAAGAAUAUUUAAAACGUUUGGAAAAUCCACAGGAAUGGGUAGGACAGGUGGAAAUAAGUGCCCUUUCUCUGAUGUACAGGAAAGAUUUUGUAAUUUAUCGGGAACCAAAUGUUUCUCCUUCACAAGUAACUGAAAACAAUUUUCCUGAAAAGGUUUUACUGUGUUUUUCAAAUGGAAAUCAUUAUGAUAUUGUCUAUCCCAUAAAGUAUAAAGAGAGCUCUGCUAUGUGUCAGUCUCUCCUUUAUGAAUUGCUGUAUGAGAAGGUCUUUAAAACUGAUGUUAGUAAAAUCUUGAUGGGACUAGACACCUCUGAAGUAGCUGAUGAAAACAACAGUGAAAUAUCAGAUUCAGAGGAUGACAGUUGCAAGAGUAAAGCUACCACUGCUAAUGCUGUGAAUGGAUUUAAGACCUCGUCAAGUGAUCAGCACCUGAAAAACAAUGGGAAAUCCUCAAGCCUUCCUUUGUCUAGAAAGGUUCUUAAGUCACUCAAUCCAGCAGUCUAUAGAAAUGUGGAAUAUGAAAUUUGGCUGAAGUCUAAACAAGCUCAACAGAAGCAUGAUUAUUCCAUUGCUGCUGGCUUACAAUAUGAAGUUGGAGAUAAAUGCCAAGUUAGGUUGGAUCACAAUGGGAAAUUUUCUAAUGCAGACUUUCAAGGGGUUCACUCUGUGAACGGACCAGUUUUGGGUGAAGAACUUGGAAAGAAACAGUUACCGAAGAACCUCAAACCACCUCCCUCAGAAAGCUGGAACACAGUGUCAGGGAAGAAGAUGAAAAAAACUUCCCUUUCUGGACAAAAUUUCCAUUCUGACGUGGAUUACAGAGGGCCAAAGAAUUCAAACAAGCCAGUAAAAGCCCCAUCAGCACUACCUCCUCGACUCCAGCACCCUUCGGGAGUAAGACAGCAUGCAUACUCUAGUCAUUCUGCAGGGUCACAGUCUCAGAAACCCACCAGCGAGCACAAAAAUCUUAGGACACCCUCACAGACCAUAAGAAAACCUGAUCGUGAGAGAGCUGAGGAUUUUGAUCACACGAGUCGAGAACCUAACUAUUUUGGCUUCUCCCCAGAAGAGCGCAGAGAGAAGCAAGCUAUAGAAGAAUCUCGUUUACUCUAUGAGAUUCAAAACAGAGAUGAACACGCUUUUCCAGCCCUUUCUAGCUCAUCAGUCAGUCAGUCAGCUUCUCAGAGUAGCAACCCAUGCGUCCAGAGAAAGCCAUCACAUGUAAGUGAUAGAAAAGGAAGCAGGCGGAGAAUGGAUGCCGAAGAACGAAAAGAUAAAGACUCUAUCCAUGGACAUGCUCACUUGGAUAAAAAACCUGAGCCAAGCACAUUGGAGAAUAUUAGUGAUGAUAAAUGUGCAAGAGUUUCAUCACCAUCAAAGUCAAAGAAAUUAGAGUGCCCACCUCCAGCAGAACAAAAGCCAGCAGAGCAUGUGUCUUUGUCAAGUCCAGCUCCCCUUCUAGUUUCUCCAGAGGUACAUCUAACUCCUGUGGUGCCUUCUUUACCAGCCACUGUGCCCGCCUGGCCAAGUGAACCUACAACUUUUGGACCAACAGGUGUCCCUGCGCAAAUCCCCGUUUUGUCAGUGACACAGACUCUGACCACUGGACCUGAUUCUGCUGUGUCCCAAGCUCAUUUAACACCCUCUCCAGUUCCUGUGUCAAUACAGGCAGUUAACCAGCCUUUGAUGCCUUUGCCUCAGACACUGAGCCUUUACCAAGACCCACUCUAUCCUGGGUUUCCUUACAAUGAAAAGGGAGAUCGAGCCAUUGCACCACCGUAUUCACUGUGUCACACUGGGGAGGACCUGCCUAAAGAUAAGAACAUUCUUCGAUUCUUCUUUAAUCUUGGUGUAAAGGCAUAUAGUUGUCCUAUGUGGGCCCCACAUUCUUACCUGUACCCUCUGCACCAGGCCUACCUGGCAGCCUGCAGGAUGUACCCAAAGGUCCCUAUCCCUGUGUAUCCUCAAAAUCCUUGGUUCCAAGAAGCUCCUCCUCCUCAGAAUGAAAGUGAUUGUACCUGUCCCGAUGCGCACUUUCCUAUGCAGACUGAGGCCACUGUGAAUGGUCACAUGCCACAAGCAGAGAUUGGACCGCCGGCAUUUUCUUCACCUCUGGUUAUUCCUCCAUCUCAGGUGUCUGAAAGCCAUGGACAGUUGUCUUAUCAGGCUGAUCUGGAAUCUGAAAACUCUGGGCAGCUUCUUCAUGCUGAAUAUGAAGAGUCACUGAGUGGCAAGAAUAUGUUCCCACAACCAUCCUUUGGACCUAAUCCAUUCUUAGGCCCAGUUCCCAUUGCACCUCCUUUCUUUCCGCAUGUUUGGUAUGGGUACCCUUUUCAGGGAUUCGUAGAAAAUCCAGUAAUGAGGCAGAAUAUUGUUGUGCCCUCUGAUGAGAAAAGAGAAUUGGAUGUACCACUGGAUAAUGUGGAACUGGCUAAAGAAAGUAGUUCAGUUUCAGCACUAGGUGAGUUUCACGAGGUCAAAUGUGAAGACACACAUUCUCUUCCUGAAGCAAGUGUGAGGAGGCAUGAAGGCCGGGCAGAGCAGUCUUCCCAGACAGCUCAGGCAGACCCGGCACUGGCUUCCCUCCCUCCAGUAGCAGAGGGAGAGGCUCAUCUUCCGACUCAGAUCCUAAACAGGGAGAGAGAAACUGUGCCUGUUGAACUCGAGCUUAAAAGGACCAUUCCAAGUCUGAAAGAGAAACCAGAAAAAGCGCAAGAUCCUAAGACUGCUGCUGAUGUGGUCAGUGGGGCCAAUUCUGUGGACAGCAGACUGCAAAGACCAAAAGAAGAGAGUUCAGAAGAUGAAAACGAAGUGUCUAAUAUUCUGAGAAGUGGUAGAUCCAAGCAGUUCUAUAAUCAGAUGUAUGGAGGCAGGAAGUACAAAAGCGAUUGGGGCUAUUCUGGUCGAGGGGGCGGAUAUCAACAUGCAAGAGGUGAGGAGUCCUGGAAAGGGCAGCCAAGCAGAAGCCGAGAUGAAGGUUAUCAGUACCAUCGGAGUGUCAGGGGGCGGCCGUACAGGGGGGACAGGCGGAGAGCAGGCAUGGGAGAUGGCCACCGGGGACAGCAUACUUGAUGGUUGUUGCUGCAGUGUAUUAGAGCAGAAACCCUUUCUUAGGCGGAAUGUUUCCGAAGGCUUUAAAAAAAAUACAUUAAAAUGAAAACC